GCUCUCCUGUGCCCCUCCCCCCACUCUGGGAGUCCCCACCCCCUUUUACCCACAGCAGCCCCAGCCCAGGCCUCAGGGCAUCUUCCAGUGUGCCUUCUACUUAAAAGUUAUUACUUGUCCAUCUCCCCCAGCUGAGAGCAAGGAUGUCUGUGUCCUUCACAGAAUGAUCCGAAACUCCUAGGGAAGUCCCUGGCAGGGAGUAAAUGUGAGGGUAAGUCCAGGAGAACAUUCACUGCCUUAUAUGAACUUGCUUCCCACAUGUAAACCUCCCCGGACCCUCACAGCACCCUGAUGAGCUGUGCGGGGCGGGGACGGCCAGCCUUGGCUCAGAGGUCAGCCUGUGUGUCUUGUGGGGUGUGACACGGCUCCUGUGUGAGCUCUCGGAGGGCUCAGAGUCACUUCCUCUCGCUCAGUGAACCCAGGACACAGCCUCAUUGCACGCAGCCCCGUUCCUGCUCCGCUUGGGGGUGCGAUGAUUAUGGCCCCGGGAGGGGGGCUGCUGAGGGGGUGUGCUGUGAUAUCCCGCAUCUGCUUGCGUCCCCGCCCCAGGCGCUGCCACAGACCCAGCUCCUCUGUUUUCUCAGCCAGUCAUGCCCCUGCACAUGAUGAGAGUUGAACACUUCAAUGGGGGUGGUCCCUGUGGAGCUGGGAUGGCCUCUCCUGUGGCUUGCAUGUUGUUAGAGGUUGAAUCGUGUCACCUCCAAAACGUGUGUUGAGGUCUAACCCCUCAUGCCUGUGAAUGUGACCAUUUUUUGGAAAUAGGCUCCUGGCAGCUGUGAUUAGUUAAAAUGAGGUCAUGCUGGGCUCGGUGGGCCGUCCUCCAAUGACUGGUGUCCUUGCAAGUAGCAGAGAAGGGACGCACUGGGGAGAACGCUGCAUCCAGCCAUCAGGAGCCACACUCGUGCUCUAUGAACUCUGCUGGGGAUGCUGUCACAGGGGCCACAAAGAAGAGAGAAGCGUAUUCCGCCACCAUUCCAGACACCAGGAGUCUGGGAUGAGGGUGUGGGCCCGGUUGGUGCCUCCCUGUCCCCUGGCUUCUGGUGGCUGCUGGUGAUCUGUGGAUUGUAGACACAGCACUGCGGUCUCUGCCUCCCCUGCCCACGUUUUCCUCACUGUGGACCAACCACACUUUCCUAAUAAGAGGACCCACCCUACCCAGUAUGAUCUGGUCUUAAUUUAACUAAUUAUAUCUGCAAAGACCCUAUUUCUAAAUAAUACCACACUCAGUACUGGGGUUAGGGCUUGAACAUACCUUUUUGGGGGACACAUUUCUUUUUUUUAUUAAAAAAAUUUUUUUAACGUUUAUUUAUUAUUGAGAGACAGAAACAGAGCGUGAGCAGGGGAGGGGCAGAGAGAGAGGGAGACAUAGAAUCCAAAGCAGGCUCCAGGCUCCAGGCUCCAAGCUGUCAGCACAGAGCCCGACAUGGGGCUCGAACUCACCAACCAUGAGAUCAUGGCCUGAGCCGAAGUCGGUCGCUUAACCAACUGAGCCACCCAGGUGCCCCUUGGGGGGGGGACACAUUUCAACCCUAAACACACACCAGGUUGGUUUAUAAAGGUUUAUUACUAAUUUAGUGAGGCUUCCUAGGCAGAACAACUGGCUUCGAAGUUUAUUUUGUUUCGGGGGUGGUAGUGGGAGGAGGGCCCCCCACCCCUCCUCCAGGGCCAAGGAAGAAGUCCCUAGGCUUACUUGUCAGCUGGCCCAGGUGUGGGGCAGGAGGGCGACUGGCAGGUCUUACAAGUUGUCAGCAUAAAACAGCAAAAAUUGAGCAGAUUCUUUAUUAUCCAAAGCAAUUGAUAGUAGGCUGCUGGCUGCAUUACAGUAAGCAAAUGCACCUGUAUUUCUCUCAUAUCCUGCUUGGGAUGGUUUUCUGUGCCAUCUUGCUUUACUGUCACCACCUGGUGAAGGAGUGGGGUUUGUUGCUAGGAAUUAGCCCUGCUCACCAGGUUUCGACCAUUUAUUCUGGGCAUUGAAGACCGCUGCCCGAGAAGUGUGCAGCUCUAACGGGGUGCAGGCCCGGGCCGCUGCUGUGCUUGUGACAUGGGCUACAGCUCGGGGCUCCCAUGAACACCUCCUGCCUAGGAUGCCAGCAGUGAGAAUCCAGGCUGCCUCCUAUGCUUCUGGCUGACUAGGGGUGAGUCCGGUUCCCAUGACCCCUCUUUGGGGUCAGUUAAUUGCUGCAGUGACUCACAGAACUCAGGGAAACGUGUUACUUACUAAUUACCCAUUUGUUACAAAAGGAGUGAUUCGGGAAUAGCCAGAGGAGGAUCUGCACCAGCCAGGUGUGUGGGGAGGGGCACGGAGUCUCCCUGCCCUCUCAGAUCUCGUGCUCACCAACCUGGAGGCCCUCACAACCCCGUCCUUUCUGGGUUUUCUGGAGGCUUCAUUACACAGGCAUGAGUGAUGAACUCAUUGGCCACUGGUGAUUGAUCCAACCUCCAGCCCCUCCUGUCCCCGAACUUAAAGUUCCAAUCCUGUAACCACGUGGUUAGGUCCCCAGGCCACCUGCCCCCAUCCUCAGGUGCUUUCCCAAACUCACUCGUUAACAUUAUAAGAGGCACCUUUACACCUCACAAAGAAAAUCCCAAGGGUUUUUAGGAGCUGUGUGCCAGGAAUGGAGAUGAACCAAAUAAAUUCUUUUAAAUCACAGAAUCACACUCUGCACAGACCUCGUCUCCAAAUGUAGUUGCACAGGGGUGACAGCUUCAGCAAAGGACUUUGAACACAAUUGAGGCUGUGAAAGCGUUGAAAGUAGAUCGAAAGGUAAAAAGUGCCAGGCGGAGCCAAGCUUCUGAUCCCUUGCCAGGCUGGGCCCUGUGUUCCGUUCACAAUACAGAUGUGCAGUUUGUGGACAGGAAUACAGGACAGAAUCCCUGUGAUAAUAUCACUUUUGUUGCCUGCUUUCUUGUGUUGGAAGGAAAGGGUUGAGGUUCAGCUCUUGUCCCAGGAGCCCGUGUGUGGGUGGGAGGAGCCCCCGACUGUAAACACCUGUCCUUUGGUCCUCCCCUCUCCCAGCCUGGACCUCAGACGUGUGUGUGCGGCCAGGCCAUGCCUGCUUCUACUCUGGGAGCCAGUUUAUACCCGUCCUGUUGUCUAUUUUUAAGGUUACUUUUUUUCUUACUACAAAAGCAAUGAAAACUCUCAUUUUUUUAUCAGCAUCGGGGGCGGAGCUUAGCGGUCUGUGCUGUACAGUUGUGUUUCCAGGACUCUCCUCACAGCAGGCAGAGGAUGAGACGCCCAGAGACCCGGCGUGGAGUCUCCUUCCGGACUGCGGGCUAGAAGUGGAAUUACUGGUCAAAGGACGCUCAGAUUUGGGAGAAGUGGCCCCAGAAAUAAAAGCAUCUGAGAGACGGACCGCGGUGGCCAUUGCAGAUCUGGAAUGGAGAGAAAUGGAAGCAGAUGACUACGGUACAAAUGAGGCUCAGGACAGUGACUUCCCAACAGCGGAGAGGAGCAGGCUGCAGGAGAUGCUGUCGCUGCUGGGGCUGGAGACCUACCAGGCCCAGAAGCUCAGCCUCCAGGAUGCCCUGCAGAUCAGCAGCGACAGCAUGAGAAACUGGGCCCCUCAGGCCCCCAAAGACCUGCCCUGGAAUUUCCUCAGGAAGCUGCAGGCCCUCAACGCUGAGGCCAGGAACACCACCAUGGUGCUGGAUGUGCCCCUGGACGCCAGGCCCAUGGAGAAGGAGAGCCAGAUGGAAGAGGAGAUUAUCUACUGGGACGCGGCUGAUGACAUCUCCGCGGACAUCUAUUCCUUCUCAGAGCUGCCGACACCUGACACGCCUGUGAACCCCUUGGACCUUCUCUGUGCCCUUCUGCUCUCCUCAGAUGGUUUCCUGCAGCAGGAAAUUGUGCUGAAAAUGUCCCUGUGCCAGUUUGCACUCCCUCUCGUCUUGCCUGACUCGGAGAAUCACUACCACACAUUUCUGCUGUGGGCCCUGAGGGCCGUGGUGCGGACGUGGUGGGCGCAGCCCCCGCGGGGCGUGGGCGGCCUCCGAGAGGACAGCGCGGUGCUAUCCCGGGCUCCCACCUUCGCCUUCGUGCGCAUGGAGGUCAGCAGCAAUUCCAAGUCACAGCUGCUCAACGCUGUGCUCAGCCCCAGCCACCGGCCACGGGACUGCUUCUGGCAUCGAGACCUGAGCGUGGGCACCAACCCCCGGGAGAUCGCAGAUGGGCUGGUGGAAGUCUCCUGGUUCCUCCCCAGCGGCAGGGAGGACCUGGACGUGUUCCCGGAGCCCGUGGCCUUUCUGAACCUGCGGGGCGACAUCGGGUCUCACUGGCUGCAGUUCAAGCUCUUGACCGAGAUCUCGUCUGCCGUGUUCAUCCUGACCGACAACAUCAGCAGGAAGGACUACAAGCUGCUCUACUCCCUGAGGGGCUCGGCCACCAAGUACUAUUUCAUCCUGAGCCCCUACCGUGGGAAGCGGAACACAAACCUCAGGUUCCUGAACAAGCUCAUCCCGGUGCUGAAGAUGGACCACUCACAUGUGCUGGUGAAGGUCAGCAGCACCGACAGCGCGGGCUUCGUGCGCAGGGUCCGCUCCAUCGUGGCGCACGUGGCCCGGUCCCCCUGCAGGAGGUUGUCUGUGGAGGAGAUGGCGCACGCGGCCCGUAAGCUGGGACUGAGGGUGGACGAGGACUGUGAUGAGUGUCAGUGGGCAAAGCAGCGCAUGGAGCGCAUCACCAGGAGGAUCAAGGACUGUGACGCCUACCGCAGGGACGAGCUGUGGCUGCAGGGGGACCCGUGGCGGAAGGCAGCCCAGGUGGAGAAGGAGCUGUGCCAGGCCCAGAGGGCGGGGGACCCUCCUGACAAGGGCAGGGCAGAGCUGGGGCACCGGCUGCUAGAACUUCGUGCACAGCAGAACCGCCAGGACCCCGCCUGGGGGCUGCAGGAGUUCAUCGCAGGCAUCAGCAGCGCCUCACUGGCUGAGAAGCAGUACUUCCUGAGGUGGAUGGAGUGGGGACUGGCCCGCGUGGCCCAGCCAAGGCCGCGGCAGCCUCCUGAGACCAUUCUUAGCCUGAGACCCAAGCACUGUGGCAUGGUGGACUUCGGGGAGCUACUCUGGCCCGAGCCCCUGGGUGUAGAGCACUUCCUGCGGGAGAUGGGACAGUUUUACGAGGCAGAAAGCUGCCUGGUGGAGGCGGGGAAGCUGCCGGCCUGCCAGAGGCGGUUUGCCCACUUCCCGGGCCUGGCCCUGGAGCUGCUGUUGAAGGGGCUGCCCUUGGAGCUGAUCGACGGCAGCACGCUGAGUACCCCCCUGCGCUGGGUCACGGGGCUCCUGAAGGAGCUGCACGUUCGUCUGGAGAGGAGGUCGCGCCUGGUGGUCCUGUCGGCACUGGGUGCGCCGGGCACUGGGAAGUCCACGCUUCUCAACACCAUGUUUGGGCUGCGCUUUGCCACUGGGCGGGGCUGUGGCCCUCGAGGGGCCUUCAUGCAGCUGGUCACCGUGGCUGAGAGCUUCAGCCAGGAUCUGGGCUGCGACCACAUCCUGGUGAUAGACUCCGGGGGCUUGAUAGGCGGGGCCCUGACCGCAGCCGGGGAGAGGUUCGAGCUGGAGGCCUCCCUGGCUACUCUGCUCAUGGGGCUGAGCAACGUCACCGUGGUGAGCCUGGCCGAGACGAGGGACAUACCACCAGCUGUUCUGCAUGCGUUUCUGAGGUUGGAGAAAACGGGGCAUGUGCCCAACUAUCAGUUUGUGUACCAGAACCUCCAGGAUGCGUGUGCCCCCGGCCCCAGGCCUCGGGACAGAAGGCCGCUCCUGGAUCCCCCCGGCGAUGUGAGCAGAGCCAGCGCACAGAUGGAGAAGCAGGGCGACGGCAUCCGGACGCUGGCCGACCUGGCCUUUUGCGACCCUGAGAAGCAGCAUGUUUGGCACAUCCCUGGCCUGUGGCAUGGGGUGCCUCCCAUGGCUGCAGUGAGCUUGGGGUACAGCGAGGCCAUUUUUGAGUUAAAGAGGUGUCUGCUGGAAAACAUCAGGAACGGCCUGUCCAACCAGAACAAAAACAUCCAGCAGCUCAUUGAGCUGGUGAGGCGGCUCUGAGUGUUAGGAGGGGGCCUGUUCUGAAGGUGGUGUGCCUGUGGGGGCUGUGCCCGGCACCUGACCCCAUGAGAAGGGAGAAGGGCAAGAGCCUGGGGGGAGGGGGCUGGGGUUCCCUAAACAGUGUUGAGAAGGAGGUGACCGCACAGACCUGCUCAGAGAUGCUCUCGGGAGCCAAGGGGCCCUGGGGCAGGGUGUGGACACACAGCAAGAGUUUGUGUGCAGCUCCUUUCCAGGCCCCUGUGCUCUGCUCCCUCUCCUUCGUCCCUGGGGUGGGGGGUAGUACCCCUGCAGCCCAGCCGGUAUGGGGGGGGGUGAGGAAGGGGGGUUGCUGGACGCCUCCCUGACGAAGUGGAGGCAGGCCCUUCCUCCAUGACCUGCUGGUCCCGACUGACCCCCAUGGAGAGUCCCCCCUGGCUCCCUCCACCUCCUGCAGCCGUGUCUGCCCCGCCCCAGACUGUGAGCUCCUUGGGGAUGGGGCUGUGUGUGACCCGACUCUGUACCCCCAGGGCCUGGCACAGGGCCCUGUGCACUGUAGGCGCUUAAUAAAUGUUUGUUAAAAGA